AUGAAUAUCAAGAUGUCAAUCUCUCAAGCUCCAGAUACUCUCCAGUCUGUCGAAGAGCAUACCCGAGCUACAAUCAAGACUCUCUUCGCUUUUCUCCAUGCUCAAGGUCAAGGCGAUUACCUUGGAGAGCGAGUGACCCAGCUAGAACACUCACUUCAAUGUGCUUAUCUCGCCACCCAAUCAAUCGAAUACAAGAAUGAUCCGGAGGUUAUUCUUGCUGCAUUGUUACACGAUGUCGGGCGUUUCAUUCCCGCCGCAGAGAAAAUGGACAAGAUGAUCACCCCGGACGGUCAGUAUGUUGGCCGCAUGAGCCAUGAGGUCCUGGGCGAGACUUAUCUGCGCCAGAUUGGAUUCAGUGAAAGAGUGUGCAAGUUAGUCGGGGCGCACGUCAUGGCCAAGCGGUAUCUUGUUGCUACCGACAAGACUUACCAUGACGGAUUGAGUGAGACUAGCAAGCGAACCUUACGCUUCCAGGGUGGAGGGUUCACCGAUACGGAGGUUCUCGAGGCACAGAAAGACCCAUGGCUGCAAGCUAAACUCGCAGUCCGACGCUGGGAUGAUCUGGCCAAAGACCCGGAUUGUGUGGUGUCUCCAUUGGAAGCCUAUGAGGAAAUCGCAUACCAGUGCCUACUCGAAUCACGAUCGAAGUUCACCCUCCAUUCUAGGGAAUAUCACAUCCCAACACAGCCUACGGUUGUUGUCUGCAUCGAUGGAUUCGACCCGGAGUAUCUGGAAUCUGGAUUCAAGAGAGGCCUUCUUCCUACAUUUAAAAGCAUUGUGGAAAAUGGGUUCCAUGCCGCAGCCAAAAGCUGUAUGCCCUCAUUCACAAAUCCAAACAAUGUGUCCAUCAUCACCGGCGCACCGCCAUCAUUCCAUGGAAUUGCAGGAAACUUCUUCCUCGACCGCGAGACCGGCGAGGCAAAGAUGAUCACAGAUGACUCUUUGCUCCGAGGCUCUACUCUGCUCGAACAGAUGUUCCAGCGAGGUGUACGGAUUGGAGCUAUCACAGCAAAGGACAAACUGCGCAAGAUUCUCGGGCAUGGCCUGACAGGUGCAAUUUGCUUUUCAGCUGAGCGCGCCGCAGACUGCACGCUCGAGGAGAAUGGAAUCGAAGAUGUCGAGAAAUGGCUCGGGCAACCGGCUCCAAGCCAAUACUCUGGAGAGCUAUCAUUAUUCGUGUUGGAUGCCGGAAUUAAGCUUCUGCAAGAGAAAAGGUCCGACUUUUUGUAUCUAACUCUUUCGGACUACAUCCAGCACAAACAUGCUCCUGGAAGCAAGGAAGCGGAUGAGUUCAUGGGUGCGAUUGACGCACGUUUGCAGAAGCUGAUUGAGCUGGCACCGGUCGUUGGCGUCACUGGCGAUCACGGAAUGAAUCAAAAGUCGAAUGAGUCAGGUGAACCAAAUGUGAUUUUUCUCGAAGAGGCUCUAAACGCAAACUUCGGACCCGAUGCCAGUCGGGUUAUUUGCCCUAUCACAGAUCCCUUUGUGCGGCACCAUGGUGCACUUGGGUCGUUCGUGCGUGUCUAUCUGAAGGAUAUCUCGAAGCUUGGAUCAAUGCUCUCGUUUUGCAAAUCGCUUCCCGAGAUUGAAGAAGCUCUGAGCCGGGAAGAUGCAGCUGAGAAAUAUGAGAUGCCUCUUGAUCGGGAGGCUGACAUUGUUGUGAUUUCAAAGUCUCAUGCUGUGAUGGGGAGCAAGAAGGCGGAUCAUGAUCUUUCACAAUUGAAAGACCACCCAUUGCGAUCACAUGGGGGCUUGAGUGAGCAGGAUAUUCCAGUCCUCAUGUCGAAGCCAGUGAACACUGAAUUGGCAAGUGGGAAGAGCUGGAAGAACUAUGAUAUCUUUGAUCUUGUUCUCAAUUGGCCAGCCUGA